UCUAAUCAGAGCAACUGAAAUUUAAUGUUGUGAUCAAUUUUAAGGAUGCUCUUUCGAUUGGCAAUACUUACAUGUGUUUGUUUUUUUGCGAUCCUUUGCUAAUCUAAAGAUCGAAAACUUAAAAAGAAUAGUAUAGUAUAGUAUAUAGUAUGGAUAUGAGUAAUAUUUUGCAUUCUACGCUUCCAAGUUUUACGGAACAGUGUACUGAAUACAGCGAUGAAAUUAUUUGGAUCCUGCAAGAAUCGGAACUGAAUCGAUUAACAAUGCGGUACACAUCACCCCAGUUGCGCUAUCGCGAGGCGAUUGUUAACUUGAUUCGUUCGGUCGGUGAAUGCGAAAAGUUGCGUCGAUCCACGGUUCAUCUAGCAAUCUAUAUGAUAGACGCUUUUAUGGACAAUCACAACAUAACGGACAAUCGCUUGAAUUUGGUUGCUUUGUCGUGCGUAAUACUGGCAUCAAAAAUUGAAGAAAACGAACCAAAUAUUCCUUCCAUGGCUGGGAUGAAUGCAGUAGUUCGAAAUCAGUAUGCAUCUUCUGAUUAUAACGUGCUAGAAGUGCUCCUGCUGAAAUUUUUUAACUGGCAUCUGAUCAUCCCAACGACAGCCACUUUUGUAGAAUAUUGGCUACUUAAUAUUGUUGGAAGAGCUGACUUUCCUCCUUCAAUGACAGAUACACUUUUCUACGAACGUCGAGACAGAGCGAUUGAGUUAAUACUGGAAUUUUUGGAUAUAACAUUGAUGGAUAUUAAAUGGACCAACAUUAGGCCUUCGCUGUUGGCCUCCGCUUGUUUGGCAGCAGCUCGUGCAUCACUUCCCGUUUUAAUUGUAUGGUCCGCUAGCAUGGAAGAACUAACUGGCUAUUCGUACCAAGAAAUUGCUUUCAUGACACGUGAACUAAUGAACCUGCGGGCAUAUUUGAUUACCAAGGAAACUUCGUGUCGCAAACGAUCCGCCUUGGAUUCAGGGUACCUAUCGGAUUUGGGCGACAGUUAUACCACCGAUAAAAGGGACGAUGUCGAGGUGAAUGAAUGGGAAGAUUAUAUCGACGCAGACGAUACUGAUGAUGAGGUUGUACUUGCUUUCGAAAGCAAACGAGCAAGAUAAAGCUAUUUUUAUGAACUAUGAGUUAUCAGGAGGAUCAAUGAAUAAGGUAUCCUACAUCGAAUAUGAAGUCCCUAAUCCAUAAAAUGGUACAUGCUAUUUCAAAACAAAUCUGUGUCCGCAGCUGUGCUACGUCUGUAAAAUAUAAAUAAAUAAGUAAU